AUGGCGUCGCUAAUCCCACCAAAGAAGCCGCGCAAGCCGGGUAUGCCUAAGCUUACGAUUCCGGCCAGACCCACCUCGUCUUCUUCGGCCCCUGGCGGGUCGCUCCAACGCGAUGAUGCGCCUGUCGAUGCCGCAAACGCACGUCCAACGCUUCAGCAGCAGUCAAGCCAGCAAUCACAGCGACCACAACCCUCGCUCGUGAUCCCACAAGCCUCGUCGUCGUCGUCUUUGACCGUCGGUGGCGGUCAUGCUUACCAGGACGAAGGCUACGAAGAUGGGCAUCCCGGUAUCUUUAGUUCGACCACUUCCACCAUUUACCCAGACACCGUACCGCACCUCACCAAUGCGCAGAUGCACACCGCCAUCACUGACGACUUACGACGCGCUAUCGGCGGUAUGUCCAUGUCCGACACUGAGGGCGAGCUGCUCGAUGCCAACGGCCUCAGGAUACCCGUCACCGGCGGCAAAAACUCGUCCAACGGCUAUUGGAUGACCAGCGACUCGGCCAACACCAGCAGCAAUGGGCACGGCCGCACCUCCAACCCCGAAGGCGCCGAUGUAAAUGCUGGUAGCACUGAUGCUGCAUCAUCGCAACAAACUCAGUAUCGCCCAAGAACCGAUUCGAGCGCCUCGGUAGCAUCAACGCGUGCGAGCACUGCAGGCGGACACGACGACGAUCUAGCGUUGGCCGGCAACUUUGAGAUGCUCUCUCGACUCGGCGAAGGCGCGAGUGGUGAAGUGCACAAGGUUCGACACCGUCCCACUGGUCUGAUCAUGGCGAAAAAGACCAUUUCCACCUCGCCAAACCCCGCGAUCCACCGUCAAAUCCUGCGCGAGCUCGCCUUCAACCGCUCGUGUCACUCGGAUUACAUUGUGCGCUACUACGGUGCCUUCCUUGAAGACCAGGAUACGUCGAUCGCUAUCUGCAUGGAGUACGCCGAAGCGGGCUCGCUCGACGCCAUCUACAAGAAAGUCAAGAGUCGCAACGGCAGGACGGGCGAAAAGGUGCUAGGCAAAGUGGCAGAGUGCGUGCUCAAAGGACUAAGCUACCUGCACGAACGCAAGAUCAUCCAUCGAGACAUCAAGCCGAGCAACAUUGUGGUCACUCGCGAAGGACAGAUCAAAUUGUGCGACUUUGGCGUUUCGGGCGAGCUCAUUAAUUCUGUCGCAGGCACUUUCACAGGUACAAGCUACUACAUGGCACCAGAGAGGAUCCGAGGAUUGGCGUAUACCAUCACCUCGGACGUGUGGUCGCUGGGCCUGACCAUCUUGGAAGUGGCAAGCAACCGCUUCCCCUUUCCUGCGGAAGGCGAGCCGCCGCUAGGACCCAUCGACCUGCUCUCGUACGUGGUCAACAUGAAGGUGCCCGAGCUGCAGGACGAUGAAGCGGCGGGUGUCAAGUGGUCGAGGGCGUUGCGAGACUUUAUCGAGCGGUGUCUCGAGAAGGAGCCGACCAAGCGACCGGGUCCUCACAAGAUGAUCAGCCAUCCUUUUAUACGCAAGUCGGAAACGCGACAGCCUCAGCCAGACAUUGCCAAGUUUGUUGCCGACGUUUACGGUUGGAGCUACCUGCCCAGUUCGAUCGCGAAUCAGCAGCAGCAGACGCCUACACAGGCGACAUCAUCCAAUAGAGGAUCCCUGGCAAGGAUCCCAAGCGUACGCUCUGCGCCCGUAGCUUCAGCUGCGCUGAGCGCCAUUACGGGUCAGCAGCCACAGGAAUCGCUGCCAGUGCCCCAAGUGACGACGACGCAACUUGAUGCUUCGCCUUCGCUAACGCCAGUCAAGACCGAAGCGUCAGGGGUGCGCACGCUCCCCAAGAUAUCGGUGGCAGUCGAUGCCGGGCGACACUCAGACCAGCUUGCAGAUGGAACCAGCGAGGCGGCGACAUUAGUUCCAUCGUUCACACGAUCGCACAGCCAGCAGCGAAGCCAAGAGGAGCGAUUGGCGGCCAAGCUGCGGGAGGCGGAUGUUGGAUUGGUGGGCAGCCCUACAACCACGACAGACGAGGACGUUUAG